AGAUGCCCCUUUUUGAUGGAAAAAGGAGUUAUUUGCUCCAAAAUUAACUUUAAGGGCUUAGAUGCCCUUUAGUAGUAACUUCAAGGGGAAUUUGCCCCUUUUCCCUUUUCCUUUUCUUUCUCACCCGUUCUGACAUUUUUUACUCUCGAAGCUUGACACAAAUAUGCCGCCAAGGAAGAUUAAAUCUCCACUCGGUGAUCCUCAUGGAAUGUUCAGCAGAAUGGUAGUCUUCUUAGUUGAAGACGGAGUCCAAACUCGCCGAUUACAGGUGUUUUCAACUCCUGUCUGUUAAAAAAUACGGAGUACUUCGUAACUGAAUGUUUAUUUCUUUCGUUUUCCUUUGUUCACUUUUGGAAUCUGUUUUACGGAUAGAUAUGGAAGCAGAGAUUGACACAAAUGGGGGCUAGCAUUGAGGCAAAGUUUUCGAAAAAUGUCACUCAUGUUUUUGCUGCAAAUGCUAAUAUCCUUUUAAAGAAACUUGAUCACAAACGCGUUAUUAGGUCCAAAGCUAGAGUGCUGUUAUAUCAGUGGGUGGAAGACAGUUUGACAAAAGGUGAAAGGGUGUCUGAAGAUUUGUACACUGUAUCUCUUGAAUCAGCGGGGAGCAAAGAUACUCUCAAGGAAGACAUUAGAAGUGAUUGUAGCAAUAAUGAGCUUACACCGAAAAAGUGCAGGAUCUCUUCUGAGGGUACCAAUAUAGUGAAUCACGAGGACAAUUUUCAUACAGAGGACCACUUUGAGCAUCAGUUAGUAGAUGUUGCGUCCAACUAUGAAUGCUCAUCAAGCCUGGAAAUCAUCAAUGAGGUUCUUUAUCCUUGUGGAGAGGCCGUAAAAAUAGGCAUUCCCUUCUCCCUAAGGGCCUGUUUGGAUGGAGGGGUUUGUAGGCAAAGGCUUUAGAGGGCUAUUUACUUUGAAUUCUUGAUAAUAGAGUGUUCCUGAUAGCAAAUAAAUGGCCGAAACAUCAAAAUCAUCAGUGCUUUAUCUGCCUCCCAAUUUAAACAAGAACAUUACCGAGACUUUUGGAAAACUUGUUGACAUUUAUAGGGCACUUGGUGAUGAUCGAAGGUCAUUUAGCUAUUACAAAGCCAUCCCAGUUAUUGAGAAACUCCCUUUCAAAAUUGAAAGUGUCGACCAGGCUCAAAACCUUCCUGGUAUUGGAAAGUCAUUGCAAGAACAUAUUCAGGAAAUAGUGAACACAGGAAAGCUGGCCAAGUUGGAGCAUUUUGAGCAGGACGAAAAGGUACGGACGAUCAGCUUGUUUGGAGAAGUAUGGGGUGUUGGCCCAGCAACUGCCUUAAAACUUUAUGAGAAAGGGUACCGGACUUUAGAUGACCUCAAAAGUGAAGAAUCACUUACUAAUGCACAAAGAUUAGGCUUGAAGUAUUUUCAUGACAUCAAAACAAGAAUUCCACGUCAUGAGGUUGAAAUCAUGGACCAACUUCUGCAGAAGGUUGCACAAGAGAUUUUACCUGGGUAUUACAGGUAAUUAUUGUCUGUGGAGGGUCAUAUAGGCGUGGAAAGGCAUCUUGUGGGGAUAUGGACGUUGUCAUCACUCAUCCUGAUGGAGAAAGUCAUAUAGGUUUUCUUGCACAAUAUGUAAAGAGUCUCAAAGAAAUGAAGUUUUUGAGGGAUGAUUUGAUCUUCAGUAUUCACAGCGAAGAGAACUCAGAAGCAGGAGUAGACACCUAUUUCGGACUUUGCACUUGUCCUGGUGAAGAGCUACGGCGCCGCAUUGACUUGAAGGUGUAUCCAAGAAAUAUAUAUGCAUUUGGUCUAGUACAUUGGACGGGGAAUGAUGUCCUAAACAGGAGGUAUGUCCAUUCCAAGUUGAAGACAUUAGUUCCUAAUCUUUGAAUCUCCUCGUGAUAAAUCAUCCUGAAAGUAAAUUUUCAACGAGUGUCUCUUAUUUAGUUGAAUCAAUUGUUUUAGUAUUACCCUAAAUUUAUAGUAUCAUUUUGAACUCAUGAAGUGCUCUUUGAGAUAGUGCUGCUAAAGAACCAAGCUCAGUUCGAUUGUUGAAUGUACAAAACCAACUCCAUAAAGUUAAACCCAGGCUUAGGUUAUUAGCCCAGUCAAAGGGUUUCCGAUUGGAUGAUACAGGAUUAUUUCCUUCAACUCAAGAUUCUGAUGGGAAACAUGGUCUAAAAGGUGCUAAUUUAAAGUUUGACACAGAGAAGGAAAUAUUUGAUUUCCUUGGAUUUCCAUGGCUCGAACCGCAUGAAAGAAAUCUAUAGAUUUUGUAUCUUAUGCUUUUUUACAUCAGUACUUCUUUUAGACCUUGUAAAAAAUUAGGCCUUCAUUAGGUUCUAUCAUCGGUCUUAGCUUAUGUUAAACCUUUAUUACAUAGGAGAAAAGUUUUGAACGGAGUUAGUUAUGGACUCGGGCCGGGCGGCCCGGGCCGGGACCGGUACUGUUUGGGCCCGGCCCGGCCCGGUGGCCCGCCAGAGCCCGGUUCGGGUAGGACCGGUCCGGAUGUUUUGUUGAGUGGGCUCGGGUCAUGGAAAUAUGGAACCGGCCUGGCCGGAUUGGGACCGGUUCGGGCUUUUUAAUUUUUUUUUCAUUUUCCCAGGUUGGGCUGGGUGUUUUGGGCCAUUUGGGGUGCUUUGGGGGGGGGGUGAGGGGGGGGGGGGUGAGGGGGGGUGAGGGGGGGGGGGUCGCGGUUAACUAGAAAAAAAAUAGGAGCUGGCCCGAGGCCCGGACCGGACCGGCCCAUACCCGGUGGAACCCCGGGUUGGUUCUGGGCCUUCCCCCAAUCUUCAAAAGCCUGACCGGGCCUGACCUGGCCCGGGUCCAACACUAAACGGAGUGCGAUGCAUAUUUCUUCAUUUGCUUGUUUUGUUGAACAUGAACCGCAAGAUUUAUGUGCAUCCACCAUCGAGACAAAUCAGACAAUAUACUUAUAUACCAG